AUGGACAUGGUUGUGGAAGAGGUUGAAAAAGUGAAAAAGGAAUGGGACGAAGCUUACACAAAAACCCAAAAUCACAUUAAAUCAAUUGGAGAGUACGGUAAAUCAGGAAGAUCCAAAGAGGAUGAGAAAAAUUCACUUGCUAGAUUGAAUGGUAUUGCUCAGGAUGGUUUAUCCCUUCUUUCUUCUCUGCAUUUCAACCUCGAUCUUCACGCUCCACAGUUGCCUUCUCAACAAGAGGUUGAUUCUGCUCGAGAAUUGCUUCAAUCAUGGAAAACCCUAACUCAAAAUUUGCGUAUGAGUUUGAGGAAUGCUAAUCUACAAGCCAAGGCUAACUUAAGGAAAGCUGCUCAGGAGGAGAGAGAACUACUUCUAGGCGGUGGAGAAGAGUCCACAGUCCGCAGACGCAAUUUGCAGACAAAAGCUGGAAUGACCUCUGCAGCAGAGAGCAUCACAGAAAGCCUACGCCGUACUCGUCAAUUGAUGGUUCAGGAAGUUGAAAGAAACACAAGCACACUUAUGACUCUUGAUGAGUCAACAGGAGUGUUAACAAAGGCUGAAGGUGAAUAUAAAGGGCACCGCUCACUGUUGAUGAGAACUAGAAAUCUUCUCUCCACAAUGCAACGUCAAGAUAUCAUAGACAGGGUGAUACUUGGGGUUGGCUUUCUAUUGUUCUCCCUUGCCGUUCUUUAUGUUGUUUCCAAGCGUAUUGGAAUACUUACCUUACAGAGAAAGGUUACUGAGGCCAUAAAGGCUGGUGUGAUGGGGCAUGCAGAGAUAAAACCACAAGCUGUUGCAGAUGACAUGAAUCUUCAUCAAAUCAGAGUUGAUCACGUUCGUAAUAUACAUGCCCCUCCUUUAGAACCACAAAUACGUGAUGAACUUUGA